UUGUUGAAUAUUGAGAAACAGACGACAAUGGACCCCUCUCUUUCUCUGAGUCCCAUCUACCAACACCCAUGAAUAAAUUCAUCAGCGUCUCACCCUUCCCAUAUCUCCUCUAACCCUUUCCUUCCUCACUUUCAUCCACAAACACCAAUAUAUACAUGUAUACAUAUGUUCAGAGACCAGAAAUACUAAACCUAUACAAACAACACCUUGAUUUUAUCUCUCAUCGUCUCCGUCUCUGCGUCUCUUGAAAUAAUGGGUAAUGUAGCAUCUUGUGCUCCUUCAAUAAUCUCAAAUGGAGUGAUCAAAGUCUUGCCCUUUAAUGGCGGAACUCUGCAAAUCUACACAAAACCAGUUAAAGCAGGGGAAGUGAUGGUGGAAAACCCAGGAGAGUUUGUGUGUGAUUCGAGUAGUUUGAAAGUAGGGCAGAGGAUUCAUGGGUUAUCAGCAGAGGAGGAGCUGGAAAGGAGACAGCUCUAUUUUCUUCUUCCCAUGGAGCUUCUCUACUCGGUGCUGACUCACGAGGAACUGAGUUCACUCAGUUGUAAAUCUACAAAGGCUCUGAAACAGGCAACCACGGGUCAGUACUCAAAUAAUUUUGGGAAGAUUUUUCCAGUUCUUUCUGAGUUCUGUAUUUUCCCGUCGGAGCCCAAGACUUCCGAUCAUCAUGAGGAUGAUGAUAAUAAGAAUUAUGGUUCAGGAAGUGGUGAAAAUCUUGAAAGAUUUUCCAAGCAAAGAUCGUGGAAACCUGCGUUGGAAACCAUUGUUGAAACUCCAUGUAGGCAUUAAUCAGAUCAAAGCAACAGAGUUUUUCUCUUCUUUCUUAAAUUUGUUAUUAUUAUUAUUAUUGUAAGUGAUAGAGUGGGAGCUGGAGGUUACUUACAUAAUUUUCUCUGCUUGAUUAAUUCAGAUUAAUUAGUGCUGCUGUGAAUUUGUAUGUCUCCAUGAUCUGAUCUGGUAACUUGGCAGAUUUCCAUGACCAUUAUCAUUUUACUAGGCAAUUAUAAAAAGGGUUUUCUGGGAUUUCUAUAAUCGAAUAGUUGUUAUAUAGUUUAGGAUCAUAAAUGAAUUGUAUUUAAUAAUAAUUAUAACUAUUCUCUUUUCAAAUUACAUGUUAAUGGGUGAUACGUAGAUGUCUCAAUGCAUAUAUAAAGAAAGGCCGAGUAAUUCAUAAUAUAAAGCCAGCAUUUUUGGCGGAUCUGAUGCCUUUAUAUAUUCCCCUUGUCCCAAUCCCUUUAUGGGUCCUCCAUAACCAUUCAUCAGUUUACAUGUUUGAUAAUAUUAACUUACAUGCACUGUGAAAUAUGUUGUAUUAUGUAUAAAUUAAUUU